AUGGAUUCGAACUCAAAGUCAAUGUGUCCCAAAGCACGCACUGAAGAUAGGAUCAGUGCAUUGCCAGAUGCAAUCAUUUGCCACAUUCUUUCCUUCCUUCCAACAUCAGAUGCUGUAACGACCUGCUUUUUAUCAAAUCGAUGGAAGAAUAUGUGGACUCUUGUUCCCACUGUAGAGCUAAUUGUGUUGUCAACUGCAUGGGAUUCAGGUGGUACUGCAGCGUAUGUGGAUCGAUACCUUCUCUUUCGCGGAUCAUCAAACAUUCACAAAUUUCAUCUUUGCUGUGUCGAUCUCAACGGCAUAGUUGGUCGUAUCAAUGGAUGGAUUUGCACUGCCCUUAGGCGUAAUGUUGUUGAGCUCCACCUUGAGUUUGAUGAGAGGGACGAUUCGCACGAAUUUCUUGUGUUGCCUCAAGAUCUUUUCGUGUGCAAGACUUUGGAGACUUUGAAGCUGAGUCUGGGAGAGCAUGUUACUGCCGUUGCUCCUCUCGCAUCAAACUGUUUCCCAAGGCUCAAGUCCCUCCACAUUACAUUCGAUUUUCCAAAAUAUGUCGAGCAAAUCGAGACGCUCUUUUCCUGCUGCCCUGCGCUCGAAGAUUUGGUUGUAGAUGGAGAUCUUGGAUGGCUUGAAGAGAAUCAAGUUUUGAAUGUAACGAUCUCCGCACCGAAACUAAAAAGACUAAAAAUAUACUUGUUUGCUCAUGCUAUGACACUAGGGGAGAACAAGAUUUUUGUUAACGCGGAUGUUCCAAGUCUUGAAGACUUGGAUCUCACGGAGAACUUCUUGGCGAGCUAUUGUUUGAAGGGUGCAAAAUCCUUGACCAACGCCAAGAUUGAUUUCAGCGUAAUGCGUGAGGAGGAUGAAGGCCACCCUGCCGAUGUCCUUGCUGAUGUUGAUCGUGUGCAGAGGCUUUUUGCAGAAAUCAGCAAUGUUAAACAAUUGUCACUUGUAGUUCCAGUUUUGGGGGAUCCUCACAUCGAAUAUCAAUGUUCUUUGCCAACAUUCAAUCAUUUGAACCAGUUGGAGCUAAAUCACUUAGCAUGCUGCUCAUGGAAAUCACUGACAAACAUGCUCAAGAUAACGCCCAAUUUGGAACAUCUUCUCUUUGCAAUUAACAUUAAAUGCGAUGCUGCUCAUGAUGAAGAUGAGUUGGAACAUAAAUGGUCUCCACCCGAGCUUGUGCCUGUUUGUUUGUCUUCAUGCCUCAAGACUAUUUGCAUAUCGGGAUUCAAGGGAGGGUCAGAUGAGAUGGAGAUGGUAGAGUAUUUGUUGGAGCACGGUCAGCUCCUCAAUGAGUUGAAAGUUUUGACUUUCGAUAUGGAGUUUGAUAACGCGUUAGAGGUAUUGAUGGAAAUUAUAUUGUUCCCAAGGGCUUCAAACACUUGUGAAAUUCAAUGUUUCAAUUGAAAGUUGUGGAAGGAGAUCCUUUUGUUUGCUAUGAACAGCUUUGCUUCUGUAACUCUUGAAGUCUUUCUUUUGCUAAAGUGUGCGUUAAAUCUCUUGGGUUGAGGACGCAGACAUUGUUUUUAUGGAGGAUAUUGUUUUUGAGUUCGCUGAAAUUUUUUUGUGACAGAUAUUCCUAGGACUUAAAAAAUUCAGGACCUGAUGUCAUAGAUAUUCUUGAGGGUGCGAUAUUUUUAUUUGUUGCAAUGAAGUCGGAAACUCAACAGAAAAUCAAACUACAUGUUUUAUUUAAGCAACUCCUACGUACCCUUAUCAAUCCCCACUUUCCCACUCUCUGUUUCAAAUUCAAUAUGCGUAAUAAUAAUAUCACAGGCUUCACAGCUUAACUUUUCCAGCAAGCAUAAAAGCCUUGUAGCUGACAGACCUGACCAAUUUAGAAUCACCCCAAGCAGCUUCAAACUCUUUAACCACCUUUUCAGGUAA